AAUUACUGCGCAAACAUUAUGUGCCCAGUGUCGACCACAACGAAUCCGAGAUCCUGCAGAAGAUCACCGAGUACUGUGGCAAGUCGGUCUACAAUUACACCGAAGGCGAAAUCGACCACCUACAAUGGGACUUCUACAACAGCUUUUAUUUUGCUUACACGGUCGUUAGCACUAUCGGAUAUGGCAAUUUGGCACCCACAAACACUCUUAGCCGCAUCUUGAUGAUCUUCUACGGGCUUAUAGGCAUCCCGAUGAACGGGAUCCUGUUGACGCAGCUGGGCGAAUUUUUCAGUCGCGUGUUCAUCAGGGCCUAUCAGAAGUACAAAUCCUACAAGCAACGUCAGUCGUGCUCCGAUUAUCCCACUAAAAAAUCGAUACCGCCCGAGACGCGUAAGACAAUGAGACUGGCCGCUCAGAUCUUUCUCUAUCUGACUCCCGGCUUCAUCAUCUUCAUCUUCUUUCCGGCGAUCCUGUUCUCGCAUUACGAGAGAUGGUCCUACGAUCAAUCGGUCUAUUACGCCUUUGUCACCCUCACGACCAUCGGUUUCGGCGAUCUCGUCGCGGGCCAGGAUAAUACGAAGGGGAGUGGACCGUUCUUUAUCAUGUAUAAGAUAUUUCUGAUUUGCUGGAUAUCCUUCGGGCUGGGCUACAUUGUCAUGAUAAUGACAUUCAUCGCUCGCGGUAUGCGCAGCAAGAAGAUUACGAGGCUCGAGCACAAACUAGCGAUGAAUCUCAAGCUUACGCAGAGCAAGAUUUGGAACGAGUUCAACAAAGAGGUCAACUACCUGCGCCGCGUUUUUAAUGAGUUACAGCUCUCUAAGGUCAAAAGAGUAUAUGUGGAUGAAUACGAGUCCGAGGAACCUCCGGCGAAAUUUCCACGCAGCAAUAGUUUUCCGAAUCUCCGAGACUUAACAAUUGGAUACGGGGAUAGUUUUAUACCGCACCCAAGACGACGAGCUAACAGCGAAGUAGUACCAACGGAUGUACUGACACGUGUGGUGUCCGAGACGGAUCUUCAAAGAAUAGACAAGAACGCGACAUUUGCCGCUCAUGCCAUAGUGCAACCAGCAGAACUCUUGGCGCGCUUGGUGAAUAUCCUCGGUUACAUACCACCACGGGACGAUUUUGAGUGGGAUCAAACCGAAGAACAGAUCAAUGCACAGAACGAGACACAACAGAGUAAAUCGGGCGCUCAAGGCCCGGUCAAUAAUGUUCCACGAUGGACGAUCGGCGGUGAAAAGCUUUCUUUCGCCAGGCCUCGAUCCAGAGCGGCCAGUGAAAUACGACUGCAUACCAUGAAAGACGAUUCUAUUCAACGCAAUACUGAAUGGACCUGGUCCGGUGUAGCCUCGACAAAGCUGCAGGAGAUGAUGAAGGAUCGCGAUACGACCGUAUCCUCAAAGGACAACAAACCGUACAAAAAAUUCGCGUCGCUUGCUUUGCCGAUCACUGCGCCCAAGAACUUCUUCCCUAGAUGGAGAAAACAAUUCGCGAGCAAGAGAUCGUCAGACGUCGGUACUAAUGUGACGAAUACGAGGAAAGCCGAAACAACAUUUGACGACAGUGAAAAGAGCAAUCAGCAGCAGAAUAAUUCGAUCGGUCCGCUACCUUCAUACUUGGAUGAAAGGCGCGAUUCAAUUUCGAGGAGGCCGCAUUACUAUACGCACACUGGUGGUAACUUGCCGAGUUACUUGGAGGGUAAUAAUUUGUUGGAAGAAACGAGUCUGGCAGAUUUUCUCAGAGCAUUGACUGCUCUUCACGCACGCGUAGGAACGGUUCCUGACGAGUACGUCGCCAAACCUAAAAGAAAACUGGGAACAGCUUGCUUGAGCCCGCCGAAGUUACCUAGUCUUUUCACUCUUUUCUCAAAUGCGCCUGGUUCAAUUUCGGCAAAUCAGAGCAAUCAGAAUACCGUUACAGGAGUACCAUCGAGUCGAAGAAUGUCCCUCAAAUUGGCUGAUAAUUCCGGUUCCAGCACGCCUACCUCUUAUAUCAGGAAGGGAAGCGUUCCUGUAAGGCCUAGAAGAUUCUCUUUGAGACCAGUAGUGACUCCAGUGAGUCCUCCGACGCCGCCUGAUUACGGAUCACCACGAUCACCGCUACGACUCUCUCAAAGAAUGGAUAAUCGAAAUCAAGAACCCAUCUCAAUGGAACCCUUCAUUUCUGUGUCACCGAGAGAACCACUCGUGAAUAUGGAAGGUCUGCCGGGAAUUUCAUCACCAAUUUUACAGCCAUCCGAUAACCGACGUUUCUCCAUAAGACCUGCUCAACUCGGCACGCAACCGAGUCCGUCGAGCACUAAAUCUACGCCAUUGCACACACCUAAACCGCUACCAAAAUGGAAAGCGGGUAUGCUUCAGCGACAGAUCACUCAGAUGAAUCUACAUCGUCGCACCAGGGCGUUCAGCCUCGGUGAUGUUUAUUCCGAUAAACAUGAGAAGACCACUCCACCCCUUAGUCCGCUCGCUAAAGACAACACCAAGAUCGUCGACAAUAGCAAACCGAGUAGCUCGAAUCAGAAAACAGUGACUAUCAUGUCACCGGCGGAGGAGAUAAAUAUGAUGACGAAAAAUGAAUUUCAAGGUUCCGCGGUACUUUCUUCGAGCUCAAGAGACGAUAAAACUGCAGGGAGGGAUCAGGAAGGUGUAAUUUCGUCGAUUAAUCCUUUUGUUCUUGGGAUUUCCAAUGAGCCACCUGCAGCAUUAAAUGAGACUAUGAUAUUAAACAUGUAUAAGGAUGGAAUAUACUCCCAAGAAGAUUCUAUACCAGUUUAUGAAUCAGUUUACAAGCCGCCAUCUUCUGUAUUCGAGCAAAAAUUGGUAAAGUUAAACGAUGAAUUGGAUAGGACACUGCAAAGAGAACUUCAGGAGACAAAUGUCGAUUUCAACGAAGUUCCUAUUAAAACGGAGAAGAAACAGAAUGAUACACACAUAUAUGUAAUUGAUAAUUUAGGUGCUUCGGCGAGCAAUGGAAGUUCUCCAGAAUCGAGAAAAGAUAAGCCUAGCGUGUUGAUAGGCUCGUAUAAGUCAUCGCUACAAGAGACGAUACAAAAGCCGACGAUUAAUCCAUUCGAACAGUAUAAAGCUAUGACAAGAACUACUCAAAAGAAAGAAGAUGCGGAUUUAAAGGAAGUUAAAGUCGAAAAACCUGGUGAUAAAUAAAAGGAAAAAUUCGUAAUCAUACUAUACGCAAUUCAAUAAUUAAAGAAAACUAGUAAUUUUAAAAAGUAGAAAAAUUUAGAGGUUUGUCAGCAAAAAUGUCGAAACACUGACAAUUUUUAAGAUAAAUACUAUUUAUAGAUAUAAUUGAUAUUUUUGCUAAGAAAAUAUUGUCUCUACAUUUUACGAAAAAUAACCCUUUUCCUUAUAUUUAUUCAAAAGAAUAAUUUAUAAAAUCAAUAUAGAAAUCUUGUUCGUUGGAGAUUUGCAGCUCUGCUACAUCUACUGCGUAUGCAAGAAAUAAUAUCCUACGUAUAUUUAAGAACUUUAGAAAUAUAGUAGUUAACAAAUUCGUGUUUUACUUCAAAACACUACGUAAUUUAUUAAGACUGUACAUAUAAAAUAUAAUUUUAUGCAUUUAAUAUGCAAAUUAUGAGAAGAUUAUAAUUUAGCAAUAAGACAAAGAGCUUUAUGAAAAACUGUCUUCAUCGAUAUACAUAAAUAUCUAAUGUUCCAGACUAGUCGAAUUUCUAGCAAUUUUCAGGAUAAAUGCACAUUUUAUGAGAUAACAUAAAUAUAAUGAUAAUUAUUAGAAAUAUAAAUAAUGUGCCUAUUUUUAAGUUUUAAUUUAAACUUGAUAAGAGAAAACUGUGAUAUAUAAUAAAUAAGACGUGCCUCAUUUUCACAAUAUAGUGAAACAAAUUACUUAGAAGAUAUUAUAUGUGUAUGUGUGUAUAUUUUAUAUAUAUAUAAUGUAUAUUAAUAAAUAAUUAAGAAAUAAAGUUUUUUAAAUCUGGAAUCUA